CUCUGCGCUGCGCUAGGAGCCAGACGGCAUCGCGGCUGCAGCUCCCGCCGCUCGCCCCGCAGCCGCGGGAGGAGGUGUCCGCCCGGCGCUGGGGUCCCCAUGCACCGGCCCGGGGAAGGCGCCUGGGGGGUCCCCGGGGCCCGGGCAGGCGUGGGGCUGAGCGGGGCCGGAGCGAGCUGGGCUUGAUCCCGUGCAGCCUCCGGGCCGGGGGGAUGCCCCAGCCGCGGGGAGAGCGGCUGCCCUCGCCCCGCGCUGCCCGCGCCCCCGUGCCCGAUGCAGCCGCCGAGCAGCCGGGCUCGGUAGCCAGCCCGCCCCCGGGGGGGAGCAGAGCCGCGGACCCCGCCGCGCCCGAGGAUUGUCUUGGCGGCGGGGGCUGAGCUGCGCGCCCGGGAGGGGGCUUCCUCCCCCGGCACCCCGCUCCCGCCCCCGGGGCUGCAGCCGGACCCCCCGGCGCCGGAGCGGACUCGAUUCCCCGUGCGGCUCGGCCAGCCCCAGCUGGGGCGGCGGGGGAGCCCGCAACAUGCGGCGGCUCCGGAGACUGGUGCAUCUGGUGCUCUUCUGCCCGCUCUCCAAGGGCUUGCAGAGUCGUCUCCCUGGCAUCAAAGUGAAAUAUCUUUUCCUUGCCUGGCUGGGCAUCUUCGUGGGCAGCUGGGUGGUGUACAUGCAUUACUCAUCCUAUUCCGAACUGUGCAGAGGUCACGUCUGCCAGAUGAUAAUCUGCGAUCAGUACAAGAAGGGGAUCAUUUCUGGUUCAACGUGCAAAGACCUGUGUGAGGAGCACACCCUGGUGUUCCAGCAGUGUCUUUCCUCAUCCCCCACUCAGCAGGUGUACAGGGGGCGCUGGAUGGAGAAAGAAGUGAUCAUUAAAUGUGGUAUUGAAGAUGCUUUAAAGGCCGACAGCAAGCCCGAUUCAGUGCCCAGGAGGGACCUGGUUCUCUUUGACAAGCCUACAAGAGGGACAUCCAUGGACGAAUUCAGAGAGAUGCUCCUGAACUUCCUAAAAGCUAACCUAGGAGAUCAGACAUCACUUGCAGCCUUGGUGAACCAAAUCAUCACCAUGGCAGAUGUGAACAGAGAUGGAAAAGUAUCUCUGGCAGAGGCCAAAUCCAUCUGGGCUCUACUUCAUCUAAACGAAUUCCUGCUCAUGCUCUCCUUGCAUGAGAAAGAGCACACCUCCAAAUUGCUGGGGCACUGCGGGGACCUGUAUGUCACAGAGAAGAUCCCUCACAACUCCCUCUACGGUACUAAUGUCCCUCACUUCUUCCAGCCAUUGCUGCCUUCAGCCAUCCAUCGGAUUAUUCACCAGUGGUUUGCUCCAGCCUGGCCCAGGAGAGCAAAAAUUGCCAUCGGCCUUCUGGAGUUUGUGGAGGAGAUAUUCCAUGGGACGUAUGGGAACUUCUACAUCUGUGAAACUAGCUUUAAGAACGUGGGCUACAACGACAAGUAUGACUUCAAAAUGGUCAACCUGAGGAAGGUGGCAACAGAGAUGACAAUCAGAGGUUUCCUCAAGGGACGUCACUGUGAGCAGAACGUGGACUGCACCUACGGGAAGGACUGCAUGGCGACUUGUGACAAACUCAUGAAGCAGUGCAAGGGUGACAUGGUCCAGCCCAACCUCGCAAAAGUCUGUGGGCUACUGCAGGAUUACUUGCUGUACGGAGCUCCGUCUGACUUGAAAGAAGAGCUACAGAAGCAGCUACGAACUUGUAUGACCCUUAGUGGCCUGGCUAGCCAGAUGGAAGUGCACCACUCACUUGUGUUGAAUAAUCUCAAGACCUUGCUUUGGAAGAAGAUUUCAAAUACCAAAUAUUCCUAACAGGGCAGCCGUGAUGGUGGGCUAUAGUGUUGGUAUCCAGUUAAGGAUAGAAGGUCAUGCCUCUUCGUUCCGCCAGAGGAAAUGCACCAGAAACAGGUAGUUCACAUGGCUGCAGCCCUUUUUCCUUCAUGAAUUCCCCCCUCCCCCCCCCCCCAGUAAAGCAUCAAUGACCCAUGCCACUCAGCAAAAUCAUCAACAGCGUGCUUUAGGUCUGUAAAGAACAUGAUGCAAAGUAGAAAUACCAAGAGCCUGGCUGAAUAGUUUUGGGGGAAGAAGAUAAGAGGAACCAGAGUCGCGCUGCACCUCUUUCCUGCUAAUCAAGGAACAAUCAGAGAAUGAAUCAUCAUGCUGUAAUUGUCAUAUCUUAUUUUGAUGAACACCUCUGAUGUAAAUAAAUAGCUUUUGUGGGAGUAGCACUGGUACAUCAAUGGUAACCAGCCUUUUAAAUACCAACGUCCUGGUGAUUCUUAAAAGGUAGAUUAUCCCAGCCUGGAGUCUGCACAAUUUAUUUUAAUGUCGGAAUUUGAUACUGUAAAAUUCAGACAGUGUUGGAAGCCGAUAGACAAGCUCACCCACCCACCCACACUUUGAUUCUGGUUGUUACACACCUUCCUGAACUGCCUGACCACAUAGUAGGUAGGUUCUGGCAAAUUCUAGGUUUCGUGUAAACAGUUGCUACGCUUGCGAGAAGGCGCAUUACCUGGUGGACCGCACCAUUACCCAUUUACAUUGUUUAAUAAUGUAUGAAAAUGAUUACAGUUAAAGGAAAACACUGAUGGCUAUAACAUAAGGAUAAAACAGACCUAUACAAAUACAGAAAGUCCCCAGGCAGACACAAACCAAAUUAACAUAGUGGCAUAUAUGCUACAUGGUAUACUGUAUUCCCCAUAUCAAGAGAAAAAACAGUGCUCAGACACCAGUUCAGGUCCAAAUCCACCCCUUGGUUUAAUCGGCACUUUUAAAAUUGACAGGAUUUGACUGGAAAGGUAAAAGGCUAAUCCCCCAUUAAUCCACUGCUCUUCCCCUGCACCCAAAUAAAAAUAAAGGAAUUUCAGACAAUUUUUCAGUAAGCAACAAAAACAAAUCUCAUUUGGCUGUCUGAACACUACCUGCUAUUGAAGGACUGACCCUUUGUUUCCAUUUGUAUUUACUUAUAAUAAUCCUUUAGCAUUCAAGAUGCUCUGAACACAUGGAUUGAGCGGGGUGUUUAGUUUAUGUAAACUAUUGUUGGUUCUCCAUUCCCUGCACGAUUUUAUCCAUUCUGCUAGACUGCAUGCUGGUGAUCCGACAGUAGCUUCGUGAAGUUAAGCACAUCUGAAGUACAAUCACUAGAAAAAAAAAUUCUGUCCCACGGGAUAUAUGGCCUCUGAAAGCAAUCUUUAAUGUCAUAGCUGUAAAGUUAUGAGCCCUUUGGAGUGGAGAUAUCAGUCCCUUCUAUUAGUUCUAGAAGAUCAUCAUCACCACUCAACUGUUAUUUAUGGGGGAAAUGUUUUAGUGGCAACAAAUGCUUUAAAUCUAGCUUGCAGCCAGUCUAACUUGCUUUCCCAGAGCCAGGCCAGCUUUGCACCACAGUAAUUCAUACACCAGAAGGCUAAGCAUCUUUUGUGGGGGGUAUUUUGUUUGGGGUUUCAGAUUAAUUGUGUUAUGUCCAUAGAAGUUACUCUGACUUGUUAAAUACUAUACAACUACAGUGGGUAGAAAAAAGGAAAAGGGGCCUAGAAAUGCAAAGGCAAGGCCAGCAAUCCGAACGUGAUGCAUGCUAUUGCAUUAAAAGGACACUCGGCUGAAGAGUUUUUAAGGAUUCUGCCUAGUUAAGUGCCAGAUUUUCCAUCUGUUGCCAGUUGAAUCAGAAGUAAAUUUAAAUAAUUUUUUGAAUGCAAUUUAAAAAUAAAAUAAUUGGAAUGGUUCAAAUGGA